AUGACAACUCAGAACUAUGCCGCCCCCAAUCUUUGCCGACAGGAGCCAGCGCCGCUCCUGCGACCUAACGGCGGAGACAUCAUACCAAAUAAAUUCAUCAUCAAGUUCAAGAGGAAUAGCAGUGAAAACGCAAUUCAGAACAUCACCAUCGGCCUACCCUUCAAACCUGAGCACAUUUAUAAUACCACGAUAUUUGAGGGUUUUGCCGCUCAACUAAGUAACAUCACGCUGGCCAGGCUUCGAUCAAGUCCUAUCAUCGAUUACAUCGAGCACGACGCCAUUGUUAGGAUUAGUUCCUACAUCACACAAGACGAUGCCGCCUGGGGCCUUGGUCGCCUAUCCGACAAAUCGAGGGGGAACUACACCUACGUCUACGACUCGAGCGCCGGGGAGGGAACAUGUGCCUACGUUAUCGACACCGGCAUUUACACUACUCAUUCGGAGUUUGAAGGGCGCGCCAGCGCUGUUGCCAAUUUCGUUGACGAUAGUGACGACGACGAAAACGGCCACGGAACGCACGUGGCUGCCGUCAUCGGCGGUGCUCGCUUCGGCGUCGCCAAGAAAACGAAACUCCUCGCGGUCAAGAUCGUCGGCACGGAUGGUAUCGGCACGCAACGCCAGCAACUUCUCCCCGCUUCGGCGGCAGGGGCCUGCGUCGUGGGCGCGUCCACCUCCUUGGACGCCAUGUCUCCCUUCUCGAGCAUUGGCGCCAACAUCAACGUUUUCGCUCCCGGCACGAGCAUUCUGAGUGCUUGGGUCGGUGGUAUCAACGCUAAUCACCUCCAACGACUGAUGCGCCUAGAAUAUCAUUUCGGGGACUUCCAUGGCCUCCCCCAUAUCACGGGGCUUGGUGCUUAUCUGCUCGCCCUCCAUGGAAAAAUGACCCCUGCUGAGCUUUGCUCCUAUAUCGCGAGCACCGUGCACAAGAAUAUUCUCACUGGCGUCCCCAACGGAACGAUAAACACGCUGGCCUUUAACGGGAACCCAUCCGCGUGA